AUGGCAAACCCUGCCGUGUACAAGCUGGAGCUAGAGGAGCAAAAACGAAGAGUUUUCGUCACGCAACUGCACGAUCGGGAGGAUGAAGAAGAUGUGACAUAUUUCCCUGUCAUCAAGGAGUCGGCAGACAGACUGCUUGAAAAUGGAGUCAACACAUUACAGAAAACACUUCUUCUGAAGAAGGAAGUCGAGGUGGACAAGGUAAAUGCCGAACUGGAAGCCAAACGAUAUGAGUUCAAACAGCGUAUGGAGAUGUGUGCUCACCGACAGGCUGAGUUGCAGAGGAAACAGCAACAGAUGAAGGACAGGGUGGAGAAGUUUGAGAAGUUUAUUCAGGAGAAUGAUGCCAAAAGGAGGAGGGCAAUCCAAAAAUAUCAGCAAGAAGUGAGACAAAAGGAGCAGAAGGCCCUGGAGUUCAUUUCUUUAUCUGACCAGUUGCAGCACUUGAAAACUAGGCAUCAAGCUCUACAGACCAAGCUAAGAAAAUACAAAGUUUACGAAGAAUACCUUCAAAAUGUAGUUGAUGCUAUGCCAGAAGAUUACUUACCGGCCACGGAAGACAAGAUAAAAAGUUUGAUGAUGCGGUACAAAACAUUAAGUGAGUCCAACAAACACUUGGUCAAUAAUCUGGAGGCAAUGGCUGAUGAGUUAGAAGAGUGCAAAAUAGUUCUAGAAAUGAUGAAUCAAGACCACCAGAAGAGCCGCCUGGCAAGCACCUCCCAGAUCCUACAUUUUCAAGAGAAACUAGAGCAAAUUGUAGAUCAGAAUGAACAGCAAGAACAGAAUUUUGUCAUCAGCAAGGGGGAAAAACGAGCAAAGAGAACUGAAGUUGGUGUCAUUUUUAUGGCUUUGGACAACAUUUAUGACAAAUGUCAAAGAUCCAUGGACCAAUCUCCCAACAAGGCUGACUGGCAACAGAAGCUCAGCCGUAUUCAGGAAUUUGUCAAAGAAAGAGAAGAUAUCCUUGACAUGGUUCAGAACUCUGGCAGCCCCACAAAUAGACAUCCGGUAACUGAGAAAACGAAGACCAAGUCAAAGAAACAUGAGAGACGAAAGUUAACAUUUGCUGUCCCAGAGGACUGA